AUGCCAUCUCGUCCCCUCCUCAUACCCCAAAAACGCCCUCUCAUCACUUCCAAAAAACCAACCGACAAAGGCAAACCCAAUACCAAGAAACCCACCCCCAAAAUCCUCAAUCCCAGCGCCUCGGCAGCGGAAACACGCAUGAAGAAACCUACUCCCUACGCCAGCGAUGUCAGUGCAGCGGAGUACGCAGAGCUCGAAGACCAUACCCCAGAGCCGAUCAAGGUAGCCUUCGCGAUGCCUGUGCAGCCCUUCCUCGAUCCGCCUAGCUGGGAAGCGAUGCUAAAGCGGGCCCGCGAGGCUGCAAACACAAAUACAAGUACAAAUACAAAUACAGGACCUGCCGGUGUCGCAAGUGGGAGUAGAAGUGCAAGUGGAAGGCAGGGGAAUAAUGAACGGUCCGCACCAUACGAGACGGCUGAUCAGCGCAGACAAAGGCAGGAUAGGGAGGCGGAGUACGGGUCCAUGGCGAUCCGGGGACGAUCGAAUAUCAGUGGUCGUGGGAAGCGAGUAAGAGGGGGCUCGAGACGAUAUUGA